AUGAAUGGCAAUGUCAGCGAAUCAGACGCUGUGAAAAUCACCGCAAUCGCAGUGAUGGGAAUGACAGGCUCGGGAAAGAGCAACUUCAUCAAACACGCUACCCAGUCUGCGCAGGUCAAGGUCGGGCAUCAUCUUAGCUCCUGCACGGAAAACGUUGAAGAACACGAGUUCCUGCUUGGCGGCAACCAGGUUGUGCUCUUCGACACGCCAGGUUUCGAUGAUGCGGAUCGCUUGGACGCCGACAUUUUGGCCGAAUUGGGCCAAAAGCUCAGCGCCAUGUAUAAGAACAAGCUCAGACUCGCAGGGAUCAUAUACGUGCACAAAAUCACCGACACCCGCGUGACGCGCACUGUACGUCGCAAUCUGUCUCUGCUUAUGGACCUGUGCGGUGAUGAUCCGCUGAAGAACCUGACCCUUUUGACAUCGUUCUGGGAUGAGACCGAUCGCGUACACGCUCAGCAGAAGGAGAAGGAGCUAGUCGCAAAGAAGGAGUGGUGGGGCUAUAUGGUUGAAAAGGGUGCUGCAGUUCGACGUUUCAUGAACACUGAGCAGUCUGCGCACGACAUUAUCUGGGACUAUGUGACGAAGGAUCGCGUGACUCUACAGAUCCAAGAGGAGAUGGUGGAUGGCGGCUUGGACAUCAAGCACACGAAAGCUGGAGCGGCUUUGGACGCCGAGGUGGCCCAACUUCUGAAACAGCAUGAGAAGGAGCUUGAAGACGUCCGGCAGAGAAUGGAGCAAGCCCGACGCGAGCAGAAGCUUGAGCUUGAGGAGAUGCUUGCAGUGGAACGCCGUGAGAAAGAGCAUGACUUGAGGCGCAUGCAGGAGGAGCAACGAGCACUGGAACGCGAUCGCAGUGCAGAGAUGCGCCGUAUGGAGCAAGAUUUCCAGGACUCGCUACUUCGCUUGGUCGAAGACAAGAAGGAAAGAGACUCCAAGCUAGAUGCCUUGCAGGAGCAGCUGACCCUUGAGCGCGCAGAUGCCGAUCAACGCAUUCGAGCUGCUGUUGAGUCUUCGGAAUCGAAUCUUCGCAUAAUCGUCUCCAACAUUGAGAAAGAACGCGCAGUCGACAGGAAGGAACACAUGCAGCAAGUUGCCCUAUAUCAGAAGGAAAGAGACGAUGCAGUUGCGCAGUACAAGCAAGAGCUUGACCUCACGAAUCAAAAGAUCCAGCAGAUGGUGGAGAAACAGCAGUCAGUAAGUGAGGCAGAAAAACAGAGGCUCGAAGCCGAGAUUGCGAAGCUGAACAAGAGAAAGCGAAGCCAGAAGUCGGCAACGUGGACAAAGAUCGGUGGGGCAGCACUGUGUACAAUCUUAGCGCCGCUUACUGGGGGCUUGUCGAUGCUUUUUGUUGAUGCCUUUGGGAACUCUGGAGGCUCUGGGGGCGCCGUCGAUGCCAGUGAACCGCCUGUCUGA